AUGGCUAACAGCGUUUAUAGAAUCGAUCCGGAUGGCCUAGGAGGCUUUGAUGUUCCAUGCGAUAUGAACAACACUCCAGGGAGGGGCUGGACUAUAUUCCAAAGACGUGUGGAUGGCUCGGAAGACUUUUACAGGAACUGGGCUGACUACAAAACUGGAUUUGGCAAUCUGUCUGGUGAAUUUUGGCUUGGGUUGGACAAGAUUCAUCGUCUCUCAGCCAGUGGUCAGAAUGUACUGAGAGUUGAUCUCGAGAGUUUUGACAACGAGACAGCUUACGCAGUUUAUGAAUCGUUUUCUGUGGGAAAUGGAAGCAAGGCUUACAUUCUGAAAGUUUAUAACUACUCAG